AUGGGAAGCAAUAUUGUAAGAGAGAAAGUGAAGCUUCUUGUGGCAUUACUUGCACUGCAAUUCUGCUUUGCAGGAUUUCACAUUGUAUCAAGACUUGCACUAAACAUUGGUGUUAGCAAAGUUGUUUACCCUGUAUAUAGAAAUCUAAUUGCUUUGAUUUUGUUGACCCCAUUUGCCUAUCUAUUAGAGAAGAAUCAAAGACCAUCUCUUACACUAUCUUUAUUGGUUCAGUUCUUCCUAUUAGCAUUAUUGGGGAUCACUGCAAACCAAGGCUUUUACUUGUUGGGAUUAUAUUAUGCUUCUCCAACUUUUGCUUCUGCAAUGCAAAACUCAGUUCCUGCUAUCACUUUUAUCUUGGCCUUAACUUUAAGGCUUGAGAAAGUGAACAUGGCAAGGAGAAAUGGAUUAGCAAAAGUUAUAGGAACCAUUGCAAGUGUUGGUGGUGCUACUAUUAUUACUCUAUACAAAGGUCCUCCUCUUCUUCACUUACAAAGCCAUCAAACACUUGGAGAUCAUAAUUCUGAAGAAAUGCAACAAAAUUGGAGAUGGGGUUGCAUAUACUUGCUUGGACAUUGUUUUUCAUGGGCUGGUUGGAUGGUUUUUCAGGCUCCUGUGGUGAAGAAGUAUCCAGCGAAACUUUCGCUCACGGCGUUCACAUGCUUCUUCGGAUUGAUCCAAUUCUUGAUCAUAGCAGCCUUUGUAGAAACUGACUUGAGAAAUUGGAAGAUAGUAUCAUUACAAGAGCUUUUCCUCAUUCUAUAUUCUGGAAUUGUAUCAUCUGCAAUUGUCAUCUUUCUUCAAACAUGGUGUAUCCAAAAGGGUGGCCCUGUGUUUGUUGCUGCCUUUCAGCCGUUGCAAACAGUCCUAGUAGCUCUCAUGGCAGCAAUAAUUCUUGGUGAUCAGUUAUACUCUGGAGGGGUUAUUGGUGCAAUCCUCAUUGUGCUUGGUCUCUACUUAGUCCUAUGGGGAAAAACCAGUGAAAAGAACAUUACUGAGCCACCAUCAUCAUUAACAAAGCCCUUGUUGCUCAAUGAAGAGGAAGAGAUUAAAGUUGAUGAUGCAGCUUCAAAAGACAUACCAUGAGAAUGAGAGAGCGCGGUAUCUGAACCACCAAAUCAAUGGUUAUUUGGUUAACAACUUAGCAUCAACAAUAUUGUUAUCACAUAAUUAUAUCUUAUCACAUGUUGGCUGGCUAAGCUGGAAUAUUAAUACUUC